UGGAGGAGGAGAGGAAGAGCUGCCGGAAGUAGGCGGUGGAGGUGGCGGCAGAGCUGGCCGGAGCUGCCAGGGAAACUGAGGCGGGAAGCGCGGCGGCAGAACCUCAGCACUGGGGUCAGGUGUGCGGCCCGCACGCCUGAGGCCGAGGGCUCGCUCCGCCUAGGCUGCGUCCCAGGUCCCGCAGCCUCCGCGGGUCCCCUCCUUGCCCGGAGCCCGCCAGGAGGCGCCGCGCCGAGGGACUGCCGAGCGGGGGGCAGACGGCCCUGACCCCGGGGACGGCUCGGGGCGGGGCGAGAGGACACGGCUCGUCCCGCUCGGGAGGUGCGUCUGGGCGGGGGCCCCGAGGCCUCAACCCGGGACCGAGGCAGGGGCUCCUGGGGCCGCGGGGGGCGCUUCGCCCUCUGCCCCCGCCGGCACCCUGGCCAUGACGGGCAAGUCGGUGAAGGACGUGGAUCGGUACCAGGCGGUCCUGGCCAACCUGCUGCUGGAGGAAGAUAACAAGUUCUGUGCUGACUGCCAGUCCAAAGGGCCACGAUGGGCCUCCUGGAACAUUGGCGUGUUUAUCUGCAUUCGGUGUGCUGGAAUCCACAGGAAUCUGGGAGUGCAUAUAUCCAGGGUAAAAUCAGUGAACCUCGACCAGUGGACUCAGGAACAGAUCCAGUGCAUGCAAGAGAUGGGGAACGGAAAGGCAAACCGACUCUACGAAGCCUACCUUCCUGAGACCUUCCGGCGGCCGCAGAUAGACCCAGCUGUUGAAGGAUUUAUUCGAGAUAAAUAUGAGAAGAAGAAAUAUAUGGACCGAAGUCUGGACAUCAAUGCCCUUAGGAAAGAGAAGGACGAUAAGGGGAAACGAGGGAGCGAGCCCGCUCCAGAGAAGAAGAUGGAACCUGUUGUUUUUGAGAAAGUAAAAAUGCCACAGAAAAAAGAAGACGCACAGCUACCUCGGAAAAGCUCCCCAAAGUCCGCGGCCCCGGUCAUGGAUUUGUUGGGCCUGGAUGCCCCUGUGGCCUGCUCCAUUGCAAAUAGUAAGACCAGCAACACCCUAGAAAAGGAUCUAGAUCUCUUGGCCUCUGUUCCAUCCCCUUCUUCGGUUUCCAGAAAGGCUGUAGGUUCCAUGCCAACUGCAGGGAGUGCUGGUUCUGUCCCUGAAAACCUGAACCUGUUUCCUGAGCCAGGGAGCAAAUCAGAAGAAACAGGCAAGAAGCAGCUCUCCAAGGACUCCAUCCUCUCACUGUACGGAUCCCAGACGCCUCAGAUGCCUGCCCAAGCAAUGUUCAUGGCUCCUGCUCAGAUGGCAUAUCCCACAGCUUACCCCAGUUUCCCUGGGGUCACACCACCUAACAGUAUCAUGGGGAGCAUGAUGCCCCCACCAGUAGGCAUGGUAGCUCAGCCAGGAGCCUCUGGAAUGGUUGCCCCCAUGGCUAUGCCUGCAGGCUAUAUGGGGGGCAUGCAGGCUUCCAUGAUGGGUGUGCCGAACGGGAUGAUGACCUCUCACCAGGCCGGCUACAUGGCAAGCAUGGCAGCUAUGCCCCAGACUGUGUAUGGCGUUCAGCCAGCUCAGCAGCUGCAGUGGAACCUGACUCAGAUGACCCAACAGAUGGCUGGGAUGAACUUCUACGGAGCCAACGGCAUGAUGAGUUAUGGACAGUCAAUGGGCGGUGGAAAUGGCCAGGCAGCCAAUCAGACUCUCAGUCCUCAGAUGUGGAAAUAAAAACAAAGCAGCCUGUAUGGCUGCCACUCUCUUCAACCCUUGCUUUCCCUUUUCUCUUUCCCAGCUCUCUCCUCUUUUUCCUACCUCUCUCUGUUUGGUUUAGAAAUUGCUCAUAAGUCAUCUAGGGUUUGGCAUUCUGCCCAACUCAGCCCCUUCCUCAACUCACAGACCUCUCUGUUGCUUUGUGUUGAUCAUGUCCCGACUGUCCUGAUUCCCUCCCCACCCCCACCCUCUCCCGGCACCAGCACCUUGGAAAUUAUUGGCAGAAGAGGGUGCAUGAACUUCUCAGUACCUUGCCUUGAGGUUGAGCCUUCUCUCGGGCCUCCGAGUAGCAGAGGGAACGUGGAGUGGUCCUUUAUUUGUUUUAAGCUGGUUCUAAGUGUCGGGAGUUUUGCUGGGAGAGGGAGGCAUUGUUCCCAGCUUUGUAGGAGUGAAGGAAGUUCUGCCGUCACGUACUCCUCUGGCUCUGGAGUGAGGCAAGCCCCUUCCUAUGAGGAUGAGCAAAAACAUCACUCCAUUGACUCUGGAGCCUCAGGACUCGCUGCUUCAGUCAGCUUUUACUAGCACCAAAGACUUCAUGAAGGUCCCACACAUCCCUUGCCCGCCUUCUGCCUACACUGAGCAGGAUCUGGCCCUGUGGCUGAAAGACCAGCCCCUCUAAGGAAAUGCCAAGCUUAGCGUGUGCUCUGCUGGUGUGCCUGUGGAUGUGUGGGUCCCACCUGCCACCUCCCCAUCUUCUCUGGGUGUUUUUAUAGUUCUAGGUUUACAACAGAGAGGAAUUAAUUUCUCAACAGCCUAAAACUGUUGCCAGAUUAUUCUACAGUUUAAAACUUGCCAUCUCAUUGAUAGGUCCCUCCUCCUUUCCCUUCCCCAUCCACCAUCUCUGAUGCCCUCGUGUCUGAGUGCUGUUUGCCCACCUUUCCCAGGUGUAAGAGGCAGAGAGCCCAGACAGCUUUCUCUCGGCCAUUGUUCACCCCACUUGAAAACUCAAACAAGAAAACUUUGCUUCAAAGAUCUCGUGUGGGAACCACAGCGCCUGGUUGCCUUUCUCCUGUGUAUGUGUAAAUUCCUUAAUAAAUAUUGCAGGGAAGGAC